GUGCUGUUUUCGGCUAUUGCGGUCCUUUGGAGGGACGGAGAAGCGAUUGAAACAGCGGAGGAAAGAAAACUCAAAGGAAUAGUCCAGAGCAUCGCGAGCCGACUGGGUGGAGCUCUUGAUGGAUUCGGGAGAGCUCAGCGGAGGUGCAGCAGGGCAGCAACGCGGCGGCAACACGGCCGCGCAGAUGACAUAUGCUUACGUGCUGCCGCAGAAUGGCGGCAUCGCGCCUCAGGCUCAGCCUGGCGGGCACACUGCCGCACCCUUGAUGGAUCCUUACGGGCACUACAGCGGAUGGCAGGGGCAACAGCAGCCUGGUAUAUGGGAUAAGCCACUGGUGUGGAGAAAACAAACGCCCCGCAUGCAGAAAGCAAACAUCACACAUCACUGGUGGACUGCUGUGUGUGGAUGGAUGGAUGUGCUCAGGUUCGUCGACGUCCACGAUGGCCAUGAUGCAGCCCUAUUCUCUACACGGGGCGGCGGCGGCGGCGGCGGCUGCCGUGCCGAUGAGUGGCCCAUCGCCUGGGCCCCAGCUGCCCGUGUACCCCCCCGCACCACCCCGCCACACUGACCAGGCUGCCUCUGCUGCUCAGAAUGGCGCCUCCUACACCACCCAGCAGCUAUGUGCGGCAUACCCCUACGCCAUGAUCCCGCAAGCGGGCAGCAGCCACCCCCCACCCCCACACCCGCCCUUCAGGUCAUCCUCAGACGCCAAUGGAUUCCGACACCCCAUGUGGCCGCAACCCUGCUACCACCCCCAUCCCUCGCCAGAUGCGCAGACAGCCCAAGCAGUCCCUCCCCCGCCCGCUGCGGGUUCGUCACAUCAUCGCAUCGAUGGCUCGGGCAGAAAGAGGGACAGGCCGCAUGACGUUGACGAGGGAGAAGAAGCCAAUGGCGACCUGUCUUUGAUGGGCGAGCAGUUCUAUCAAGCGAUGGGUUAUGGCAACGAGGAGAUGACAGCCAAUUGCGCCAACGGCGAUGGCCUGCUUGUGGUUCAAACGCGGCACGGCCCCGUGACGCUCGACCUUUACAGAGGCCUUCGUAACUCAGAGGCGUUUGGGGCUCCAGUCAGGGGGCCGAGGGUGGGUGAGAGGAGCACGGCCAUCACCGACAAUGACCACUCAUCCGCCGACUGCCUGCUCGAACCCGCCACACCUCCCGAACCGCCCAUGGACCCACCACCACCACCAGCAGCGGCAGCAGCACACCCCCCUUCAGGACCACAGCCACUAGCCGAAAUAGGAGGAGAUGACAUAGGGCCCAGCAGCCGAGUCGCGCUGAAGCCGCCGGUCAAGCGCGUCAAGUCGCACCAGUACGACGUGCAGAAGGAGAGAGGGCACCGCGCGGCGUAUCGAUGUUCCCAGGGGGCUGCCAGUCAUGCGAUGGGGCAGCGGGAGCAGCAGCUCCACCACCAGCCGGUGAUGCGGAUGAUGACCAGCAGGAGGGAGGAAGGAGCCCCUCCCUCCCAUAUGAAUGGCACUGGUGAGAGGGAGGGAGGGAGGGAGGGACGGGGGAUGAAAGCGCCUUGUCCCUUAUGUUGUCUUGUGUUGUCUUGUAUUGUGUUGUGUUGUGCUGUGUGUGAGUGUCAGGUCCGGUGGCGAUGUCUAUCUUCCCGACGAUGCCGCGGCUGGCAAGCACCACCCCUGACGAACAGUCACAUCCUGCCGCCCUCCCCGCCCCCUCCACUGCUGCCAGUGCACUAUAUCAGCCUUUGCCGAACCAAAUAGCAGCAGCAGCUAAAGACCUAGAUGCACCACCCACGAUGGCUGAGGUGGCGAAUGCCCUGUCGGGUGUGAGCAACGGGCGUCCAGUAGUGGCACUGGGAGGCCAGUCGUCAUCAACCCCCCCAGGUGGGCGGGUUUCUGUCGGUGUGCCCAUCCUGCACGACGAGUGACAUGACAGAGCCAUCCAUCGUGGCUGGCUGGCGUAGAUGGCCAUGGGUUGAAGGCCAUGAGUGAGGUGAGGUAGUGUGUGUGUGUGUGUGUGUGUGUUUGUGUGUGUGUGUGUUGGUCGGGCCAGUGAGGCAGAGAGGCUAAUUACGGCGAGUAAGCAGCACUCACUCAUUCACUCACUCACUCACUCGCGUGUGUGUGUCCCUCCUCAACCCCACAGUGUUUGGUUUGGUUGUGCAUAGCAAGACAUAUAAGAUGGCGCGGACUACUGUCCAU